AUGGAUCGGCCGGAGCCUGGGCUAGUGAAAUGGUCUCCAAAUUCAUCCUUCGACAGCUUUGUUCAUAUCAACUUACAGCAUCGCGUCGUGCAACUUUACGAACCCACUGGUCAUGCCAACAAGCGGCAGUUUGACUUUUCCAAGCUCAGUCGACACGAUGACUUCCCUCCUCUUACGACCUACGACUGGUCCCCAGCUGACACUAGCCUGCUGGCGGUCGGCACGAGUUCCGGCAUCAUCAACCUGUUAAAGAUUGACGACAACUCUAAUGCAUAUGCUGAAAUUGGCCUUAAAAUGGCGCGGACAUGCCAGGCGGUUGCUUUCAACACCACCGGUCUCCUUGCUGUUGGUCUCGAUCGUGUUCGAAUGGACCAAAGUCUCCACGUCUGGGAUGUCAGUCGCCUUUCAGCCCAGGAGUUGCCCAAGCCGGGGUUCCCAAAUGCAGCAUCCACGUUCGUGGACUCUUACACCAGAGUUGAGCCAAGUGUUUCUGUGUCAAGUAUCAAGUUCUUCGAGGAUAGCCCGCUCACGCUGGUUGCGGGCAUCAAGGGCCAAGGUGUAAGGAUAUGCGAUCUUCGAGAUCCAAGCGGGAACAUCACUUUUCAAACGAAAUGCAACAACAACUUGGCUAUUGACUACGUUGACCAACAUUUCUUCGCAUCAUCCGCUCUAGAUCACCCUGGCGUCAUGAUUUGGGAUCGUCGAGCCACGUCCCGACCACUUGCUUCGCAUUCUUACAUGCAGGCUGUGGAAGAGGAUGAGCUCCCGUGGGGAGGAGCCUUGCGACUUGAUAAGGUGAUUGAGACUGACUCUGACCCCUUUUUGACUGAAGGCAAACACUCUCUUGUUCGGUCACUUCGAUACUGCCGCGACCGUCGAGGAUUGCUGGCAGCACUGUCGCCCACAGGUCAAUUGAAGGUUAUGGAAACGAAUAAAGAAAUUAUGUCUAUUGGCAUGGCGGCACACGAGGGUCCCGAGCUGCUGCAAGUUCAGAGAUCUCACGAGAUGGAUGUCUCGUACAGGGAUAACUCAAGACGAAACGAUCGCAUCGUCUCCUUCGAUUGGGUGACUUUGGAUUCACCUGCUUUGAGGCCAAGAUUGUUAGUCCUGAGAGCAAAUGGCGCCUUUGAUAUUCUAGAGCAACCGUCUCGAACGUCAGAUCAUGUCUAUAAGUUGGUUCCAUGGCAAGCCCCCCAUCGGGGUUUGGAGGAAAAUUCACCAUAUCUUGACCUCAUGAAGUUUGAGCCAGCCCAGACAUCAGAGAUUCUAGGGCCCCUAAUUAACGAGCAAGUCCUGUCGGACGUUCCCAUCUUUGGACCGGAGAAAGCUGACAUCGCGGACCGCAUCAGCGACGCUUUGAAAGAUAGUGUCUCUGUAUCUGCUACAAUUGAGCAUGUAGACGAAAUUUCUCGGCCAUUGCCAGAUUCGUUCUUUAACGCGACCUCCAUUACUCAAAAGUUAAAGAGCAUUCGAGCAUAUGUCCGUGAUGAACAGGCAGACCAGAAGGCAGAAGACGGACAACAGGAACAAGGAAACGGCCCCAAGCACCUGGACAACAGACCCAAUGAGAUAUCGCUAGCCUCGAACAGCUUGGUUUCCUGCCGUGAGAUUCAUGAGGCCCUUUUGGGUACGUUGGCGACGGUGAAGGGCCUUCCUAGGGAAGCUCAAUGCGUGGUUGACCACUCAAUGCUCCUCCGGGCUAAGGAAAAGUAUCUUUUUGAUGCGGCAACAAACCGAACUGUAUUAUCCGAUGACUCCUGGCGGAGAUUUUUAUGGGACUGGGUAGCUGAUGCUGAAAUGGCCGCGGACGACGGGGGUAUGCUCCUUGGAAACAUGGACCUUAGCUAUCUCGGCGUUCAUUCCAUAUGGACAAACGAUCUCGGCAAAAACUCCAUGGCCCGCCUCGCUCCAGGCGCAGCCUUCCCUGAACCUGCUCAGUGGGAACGAGUCAUCGGCCAAUUCUGCAAAAAGCGCCGCCUCCCCAAAUUUGACGCCGUGCCCACCAAAAAGCCUUUCCAUCGCCAACUCUGCCUCGAAAUCUGUAGCUGGGGCGACCCUCAGCGACACGACCCCAACGGCGUUGACCGCGAAGCAGAUCCCGAGUAUCCCACAGCCAUCCACACCAUGGUGGCUUCCCGCGCACUCUUCCGCGGUGAUACCGAGCAAGCCAUCUCCAUCCUUAAAAAAGCCAGCGCCGUCCACCCUGAACUUCUCUUCGUUUCCCUGUCCCUGCAGCUCCUCGGCCGAGGAGGCAAAAACCUUCCCGAGGAACAUCUCGAGCUCGACGACGCCGUGGCCUCCAAAACAGACCCAUACCUCCGUGCCAUCUCGUCCCUCAUCGCAACUGGAGACUGGAGCGCCAUUGCGAACCAGCGCUCCCUCCCGCUCACAGACCGUGCCAUUGUCGCCGUGCGAAACUUUGACGAUAGCCAACUCACCGAAUGGCUCGAGCAGAACGUCUCACUCGCCAUAGAAGAAGGCGAUAUUGAAGGGAUCGCCCUGACAGGUAUAACAGACAAGCUAGUAGACAUAUUCGCCCGCUAUGUACAGAAAUUCCACGAUGUCCAGACAGCCACCCUCGUUCUGGCCAUCGCAUACCCCCGCUACAUAGACGACAUCCGCUGCCGGGCAUGGCGCAACGCUUACAGAGCCCACCUCCAAAGACACAGGCUGUUCUUCCAACGGACCAAAUUCGAAGUAGAGUCCACCAAGCGGUCCAAACGCGACGGCGUGCCGACCCUGAAGCCGCCAUCGCGACAAAUCGCUCUGCGGUGUGUCUACUGUGAUGCCGAAGCGUCCCUUUCGAACCAGGGCGUUGCACCGCCGACGUCCAACCCGACGUUGGAGACGCGAAACCCUCUGCUGGCAACGAGCAUCAAUUCCGGGAUAAGCUGCCCCAACUGUGGGAGGCACCUACCCCGCUGUGUCGUCUGUUUGGAGGUCGUGGGGGUGCCGCGGUCGGAUAAGCCCGAAGAGAAGGAGUCUACACGCAUGGCAGGACGAUUUCCUACGUUUUGUCUGCGCUGUGAACAUGUCCUUCAUCUGGAUCAUGCGAGACAGUGGUUUGCGAGACAUGUGGAAUGUCCUGUACCCGAGUGUCGGUGCACAUGUAACUUCAGGGCUAAUCCAGAACUUAGCUAUCAUUAA